AUGUCUACCGGUCCUGAGAAGAAGUCGUAUUCACUUCCAUUUUCUCUGGAGCCAAAAGUUGUUGAACAGAUCACACUAGUGAACAAGGCUAUCGAAAGAGAUUGGGCCUCUCUUCCACCGGAUCGCUGUUCCAUGCCCUCCCCCCUUGUCCACGGUUACAUUGUGACCCCUGUCCAGGUCUCAGAUGCACACCCCUUCUCUACUGACACUCGUACUUACAAGAGGAGCUAA